AUGGCUUCAUCCAAACUCAAAAUGAACACUAUUGAUGAAGCUAAACAAGAUUUAAUCUGUAAUCUACCAGCUAUCGCGACUGAAAAAUUUCUUAAACGCUUGCCUCUCAUUAUGGCAGCCAAAAUGAGCUUGCUAUCAAGAAAAUGGAAGGAAAAUUGGUUGUCUCAAAGACACCUUGUCUUUGACUCAACUUUCUGGGAAGGACGAGGUGGGCAAAAAGACUAUAAUGGCAUCAUCAGCAGUAUACUCUUCUAUCGCAAUGGACCUAUACAUAAAUUCCGUCUUUUGGUGCCAAUUUCUGUAAGUAUAACGUGCAUUCAUCUCAGCCAAUGGCUAUCUUUUCUUUCCAAGACUAAUGUCAAAAAGAUAGCUUUAAUAAACUUUUCAUUCGAACACACAUCCAUACCUUCUCAUAUAUUCUCAUGCAAAGAGUUGGUCAAAUUGAGGCUUCUGUGUUUUACUCUGAAUCCUCCACCUCGUGACUUUAAGGGCUUCACCAAUCUUCGAAGUCUUAGUCUAUGGAAUAUUAAAUUCAAGCAAAGUUAUGUGCUUGCGAGUUUGAAUGCAAGUUGUUCCAGGCUAAUAGUGUUAAAACUCGAGCAUUGCGUAGUCUUGGAUACUGUUAUUAUCGAUGUACCUAGUCUUGAAAGGCUAGUUAUUAGUGGGGAUUUAGAAUGUCUUUGUCUCAAGAGCAUUGUACGUCUUAAUAGCAUCUCACUGUGUUUGAACGAGUAUCCUGAUAGCGAUGCAGUAGAACUCAACUCGAUUAGGGAUCUUGCUACUUCAUGUCAACUUCAAUACCUUCAUUUUGGGGGCCGUUUGUGCAAGGAUUUGGCUGCAAGUGGUGUAACAAAAUCACUUCCCCUGUCAUUUAACUACCUCAGUAAGCUUUGUUUGACAGAAAUUAACUUGGGUCGCGUAGAUGUAUAUCAUUUUGUUAUUGGCAUGGUACAGAGUUGUCCUUGCAUCAGGGAUCUGGAAAUUUCAGUUUUAGCAAACACAGAUGUUUUUCAGCUCGAAAUUGACUGCGAUUACAGGAUUGACAGCUACAAAUAG